GUAAUUCUACACCAAUCCAACAAAGUAGUGAGGAAAAUUGUCGGUUCUUUUGUAAAUUUUUGAAUUUUUUUACACAAACAAAAAAUGGAACCCACUUUUAUUAGUGCCCUGCUUUUUUCGAUAUUUUGCCAUUGCACAGGCCUCUUUUACAAUCCGGUGGAGGCCAGUACGGAAUCAACUGUUUUUUUAAUUCUCGCCAUAAUUUUGCUGCAUAAAUUGAAAUUGAAGUACAACCUAAAUAUCAUUCAAAGUGUUGUGGCUAAAAUCCUUGAGGUUGCGUUCCUUUGUCUAACAAUACAAGUGCUAUUGGUGGUCAUUUGGUUCCCCGUCUUUCGAGCUCUGCAAUUCCUGGUGGAUGCAAUCUGCCAGAAACUGCUCAAUGCUGUGAGCGAUGAGCGGGCUUGGAUUGUGGAGAAAGUCAAUCACUCGGCGGUGACAGUGGUUCUACUGACCAUGGAAUCGACGGUGCUGCUCAAGGGUUUCGAGAUCGACGAUGUGCGGAAGUUGUUCGGCUCCAAGGACGAUUGUCUCUCACCCAGUGUCCUUUCAAUUGUGGCCAAGGAGGAGGUGAAAGCCUUUCGACGGGAAAUGAAAGAGUUGCAGAAACAGUCAAUCUUUCGAGCUGCUAGGAAGUGAAAUACUGAUGGAAUCAAAUAAAUUGGAGUCAACAGAACAAAAGUAUCGUGGCAAAGAUAAUAAAGUUUAAUAAAAAUUUUAGCAAAUAUA